AUGGAAAACACUAGUCGAAAUGUUAUCACACUCAAGCUGCUGGUAGAUAAAAAGGAGAAAAGGGUUCUAUUUGCCGAAGCAGGUAAGGACUUCACUGAUUUCCUCUUCUCUCUUUUAUCAAUGCCGGUUGGUACCAUCAUAAGGCUCUUGUCCACUAAUGGUAUGGUAGGUACCUUAGGCAAAGUCUAUCAAAGCUUAGAAAAUCUAAGUGAAACUUACAUACAGUCUAAUGCCAGUAAGGAUACCCUUCUUAAGCCCCAGUCUUCAGUCCUUGGUGGCUCUGCAACACUUCUGAUCUCAUUGACUAAUGAUCCUACCACGUCCAAUGAUCAGCUGCUCUACUCUUGUUCAAAUAAAUGUCUUUAUCCUAAUAAGUAUUUUACCGAUGACACAAGAGCCAUUUGCCCUGGUUGUAAUCGUUUGAUGAGUAAGGAGUUGACUUACGUGGCUCCUCCUGAUACUCAACUGGGAUCAUCAUCAUCAUCAUCAUCUGGGGCUGACCAGGAAGGUGGUUUGGUGAAAGGAGUGGUUACUUAUAUGAUAAUGGACGAUCUUGAGGUGAAGCCAAUGUCUACUAUCUCCAGCAUUGCUUUGCUUAAUACAUUCAAUGUUAACGAGGUUCGUUCUCUUCAGGAGAAGAUUGUUUCAGUUGGUAUCAAUGAGGGUUUGAGGUUGUUGAAGGCAUCUCUGCAGACCAAAACAGUUCUUACAAGUGUGUUCUUGGGGGAAAUAGAUCGAAAGAAACCAAUUAAUUAAUGCUAUCAGCUCAAGUAUUCAAUGGGAAACAUGAUCAUCUUUUGAGUUUCAAGAGUCUUUUGUUCCUUUUAGUUAUGAAAUGUUUUG